AUGGCGAGUGCAAAUGACACACAGGAGCUAGAAGACCUGCCUGCUUCUUUCAAAUCAGCUGUGUGGGAAUAUUUCGGGUUCCCAGUGAACUAUGACAGCAAUGGAGAGCGAGUGGUGGAUCGGACAAGGAUGCUAUUGUGCGAUGUCGACGGCUCCAUUUUCAUCCCCUCCACCCAUGUCCGCAACCUCGGAAUCAUCCUCGACCCCACCCUCUCAUUUCUGCCCCACAUAAACCAGAUCACAAAAACUGCCUUUUUCCACCUAAGGAAUAUUUCCCGCCUCCGGCCCUCUCUGUCUUUCUCCGCUGCUGAAACACUCAUUCACGCAUUUAUUACAUCCAGGCUUGACUACUACAAUAGCAUCCUCCAUGCCAUCACCACUAAAGUUCUCAAUAAACUCCAAUACAUACAAAACACAGCUGCCCGCUUGCUCACCAGUACCCGCUCCAGAGACCACAUCUCACCUGUCCUCCAAGACCUUCACUGGCUCCCGGUCAAACAAAGAAUUGAGUUCAAAAUACUCCUCACCACCUACAAGGCCCUCAACAACCUAGCUCCCCCCUACCUCUCUGACCUCCUCCACCAUCAUGUCCCCUCCCGAUCCCUUAGGGCCAGUAAUGCCAACCUCCUGCAAACCCCCAGAACCAAGCGCCGAACCUGGGGUGAUAGGGCCUUUUCAGUUGCUGCCCCCUCCCUAUGGAACACACUCCCUAACCACAUCAAAGAUGCCCCCAACCUCCCAUCCUUCAAAACGGCCCUCAAAACCCACCUCUUCAGACUUGCUUUCCCCAGCUAACCCCCCACCCCCUGUGUUGUUUUUACUGGUUUUAUUUUUAAUUAUAUUUUUUUAAACUUUUUGAUACAAUUUCUUUUAUCCUUCAACCUAAUAAAGUUUUUUAUUUCUCUUUCUUUUUCCCCCCAUGUAAAGCGACUUUGAGUACUUAGAAAAGCGCUAUAUAAAUCUGAGGUA